CAGCUAUCUUCCGGUUCAUGAAUUCAUGAUAAUUCAAAAUUUUAAAUAAUUUACUUGGUGAGUGAAAGUGGUCGAGAAGAAAAAUGAAUGCAAAAUACAUAACGUUGAUUUGCAUUUUGCAGUGAGUGAAUAUUCACUUUUUAUCUGGACUUGUUGGGAAUGCGUUACUAUAAACAACAAAACAAAAGUAUUAAACACACUAUUACUUGAAUACGAGAAAAAUUGUCAAGCUCUCGUGUUUUACAUUGUGAUUCUGUUUUCCCAAUCAAUCGUCCAUGAUAUUCGUCUCAAAUCUUGAACUUCCAAUUUCAUAUUAUUGGCUAUAUUCGGAAAUCUUUAUUGUUCCAUCAUGUCAUCAAAAAGCGAACUGAAGAAACUAUCUGAAGAAAGUUUAACCAGGCAACCUGAAGAAGUUUUCGAUAUCAUUUGCAAGCUAGGAGAGGGAUCUUAUGGCAGCGUUUACAAAGCUUUACACAAAGAGUCUGGCCAGGUGCUUGCCAUCAAGCAAGUACCAGUGGAUACAGAAUUGCAUGAAAUAAUAAAAGAAAUCUCCAUAAUGCAGCAAUGUGAUAGUCCUUAUGUCGUGAAGUAUUACGGUUCUUAUUUCAAAAAUACGGACCUAUGGAUCGUAAUGGAAUAUUGUGGUGCUGGUUCGGUUUCUGAUAUAAUGAGACUUCGUAAGAAAACACUGUCAGAGGAUGAAAUCGCUACAAUUUUAUCGGAUACCUUGAAAGGCCUAGAAUAUUUACACUUGAGAAAAAAAAUCCAUAGAGACAUAAAAGCAGGAAAUAUUUUACUGAAUACCGAAGGUCAUGCUAAAUUGGCUGAUUUUGGCGUUGCUGGGCAAUUAACGGAUACCAUGGCUAAACGAAAUACCGUUAUUGGUACUCCGUUUUGGAUGGCUCCGGAAGUAAUUCAAGAGAUCGGAUAUGACUGUGUUGCUGACAUUUGGAGUCUUGGUAUAACUGCUUUAGAAAUGGCUGAAGGGAAACCCCCUUAUGGUGAUAUUCAUCCGAUGAGAGCCAUAUUUAUGAUACCAACGAAACCGCCUCCUUCUUUGAGAGAAUUAGAUAAAUGGUCUCCCGAAUUCAUUGAUUUUGUUAAUCGUUGCUUGGUGAAAAAUCCCGAGGAAAGAGCUUCAGCCAGUGAUAUGCUGCAACACGAUUUUAUUAAAAAUGCCAAACCGUGUUCUAUACUAAGUCAAAUGAUAUCGGAAGCUAGAGAAAUCAGGGAAAAUCUAAAUUACGCUGCCGCUAAUAUGAACAAUAACAGAAAAAAUCUCGCUUUGAUUAAUGACGCUGCAUCCAAAACACUGAUGCGUGGCAACUAUGAAGAUAAUGAUAAAACUUUGGUGCCGGAAAUGUUACGGGGUGCUGGCAGUUUGACGACCAAAAUGAGUACCUUGACUGAAGAUUUAAAUACAAUGGUAAUCAACAGUGAUGAUACAGAUGACGAAGCAACUAUGAAAAGACAUGAUACUGGUUCUGCUGACUAUGGGAAAAAAUAUCGCCCACCUUUUAUGGACCAUUUUGAGAAAAAAGAUUCAGAAAAUAAUUAUAAGGAUUCAAGACUGUUACCGUCCACUUUAUUGUUUAAAAGCCAGUCACCACUAAUUAAUAUGAAUUCGAUGAAUGUGCUGCCGCCUAUUCAACAACCUCCUGUUGCGGAAUACGUAGUACCGCCAAGAUUAAUUGAACAACCACCUCUACCACCACCGAAACCUAGCAACGAAGUAAAACCUGAACUAGUCGUUCAUAAUAAAUUUCGCUCAGCUAUUGUAGAAGGAGAUUUUGAUUUUUUGAAGUUUUUAAGUUAUGAUGAACUUCAGCAGCGAAUGAGUACAUUAGAUACUGAAAUGGAAAGAGGAAUUGAUGAACUUCGCACAAGGUAUCAAACUAAACGACAGCCUAUUUUAGACGCUAUAGAUUUAAAAAGAAAACGCCAGCAGAAUUUUUAAUAAUCGUAUUUUCUCUCCUUAAGUCCUUAUUAACAUUGUUUUUUCGUUUGUUUUCCUUCUUUCUCAUUAUUUUCCCACGAUUAUCAUUAUUGUUGUAGUAUUGUUUGAUAUGUUCUGAAAGGCGUAACUUUCAGGAAUAUUUUGCAUGAAGUGAAAAACAAACUUUUUUUAUCUGUCUACCAUUUAAAUAUUUUACUUAUAUUGUACUUAGUAAUCAAAUUUUGACUAUUGUUCGUGAAAUUAAUUGUAACGAGCUCGCGUUGUAGGUAAAAACAGGUUGAAGUACGUAAAUGGAACAUUAUUCUUGUGUUCCACUUCACGUAGGUUAUUCUCGUUUAAUUACAGGGUAUCUUCUACGAAUGUUUUUUUUCUAGUUUUUAUAUCCAAACUUUUAACAUUUGAAAGGGUUUGUGUUUUUUAAUGCAAAGUUUUUGAAAAAUUAUUUUCUAG